AUCUGUCUGUCUUUUUUUUUGUUUACCCUCCUUUUCCCGUUUGUUAUCACUUUUUUUUUCAUCAACCGUUAUGAGCACCGACUUUCGAGUAGAACGCGAUACUUUUGGCGAGUUGCAAGUUCCUGCCGACCGUUAUUGGGGUGCCCAAACGCAAAGAUCUUUGCAAAACUUCAAGAUCGGAGGAGUCCGCGAGCGUAUGCCCCCGGCUCUGAUCAAGAGCUUUGCCAUCUUGAAAAAAGCAGCUGCGAAAGCAAAUAUGAGCUAUGGUAUUCUUGAUCAAAAGAUUGGUGAUGCUAUUGUCCAAGCGGCAGAUGAGGUAAUUGCCGGUAAAUUGUACGAUCACUUUCCGCUAGUGAUCUGGCAAACGGGUUCAGGCACACAAACACACAUGAACGUCAACGAAGUGCUGUCGAACCGGGCUAUUGAGAUUUUGGGUGGCGAGUUGGGUAGCAAAACGCCGGUCCAUCCUAACGAUCAUGUCAACAUGGGCCAGUCAUCCAACGACUCGUUCCCUACAGCCAUGCAUAUUGCAGCUGUGGUCGAAAUAAGCGAACAGCUUGUUCCAGCUUUAGCCGAGCUACGUGACGCAAUUGCAGCCAAGUCUGAGGAGUUCAAGGAUAUCAUCAAGAUUGGCCGCACCCAUUUACAAGAUGCCACUCCUUUGACUUUGGGUCAAGAAUUCUCAGGAUAUGUCCAGCAGCUCACGUAUGGUAUCGAGCGUGUGCAAGGAACCAUCCCACGUCUUUCUCGUUUGGCCCAGGGCGGUACAGCAGUUGGCACUGGAUUGAAUAGCCGUGAGGGCUUUGAUGUCAAAAUUGCAGAGAUUGUCUCCGAAGUCACUGGCGAGCACUUUGAAACUGCCCCCAACAAGUUUGAAGCACUGGCAUCCAAUGACGCCGUUGUCGAAUGCUCUGGUGCGCUCAACACGAUAGCAGUUUCGCUCAUGAAGAUUGCAAACGAUAUCCGCUACCUUGGAUCAGGUCCUCGUUGUGGUUUGGGAGAACUGAGCUUGCCCGAGAACGAACCCGGGUCUAGCAUCAUGCCAGGCAAGGUCAACCCUACACAAUGCGAGGCCAUGACUAUGGUGUGUGCCCAGGUGAUGGGCAAUGCUACGACUAUCAGUGUCGCUGGAAGUUAUGGUCAAUUCGAGCUUAAUGUCUUCAAGCCUGUUAUGAUUGCCAACCUUUUGCAGUCUAUUACUUUGAUUGCGGAUGCUUGCAGAUCGUUCACUCAAAACUGCGUUGUUGGCAUUGUUGCAAACCGUGAACAAAUCAACAAAAUCAUGAAUGAGUCACUCAUGUUGGUCACUGCCCUCAACCCAUACAUUGGAUAUGAUAAAGCCGCUGCCUGUGCCAAAAAGGCUCACAAGGAAGGGACUACGUUAAAGGAAGCUGCUAUCAGCCUUGGUGCUUUGAACGAGGAGCAGUUUAACGAAUGGGUUCGUCCAGAAGAAAUGAUCGGCCCCAAGAAAUAAUGUAUAUAGACACUGUUGAUUGAAAUAUAUGAAGGUUACGACAUGAAUAGUGUGCUCCCUAUUCGAUUAUUAAAAGUCCUGUUCUCAUACCCCAUACCUCUUGGUAUAUCGAUCACUUGUGGGUAGCGAGCUAGUAGUCGUUUUUUUGAUGCAAUGUGAGCAUGUAACAUCAACAUCACAUGUGUCACCCAAAGCAGUAGUAGUAAUAAGAGGGGUUUGGUUUUAAU